GACAUCAAUAUUUUGAACAAGAUGGCGGCAGAGUGUGAUAUUCGUCUGUACAACAUUGUUAUGCUAGGAAUAGCAUUCAUGUUACUUUUCACAGCUUUUCAAACCAGCUCAAUGGCUGAACAAAGUGUUAUAUCCAGUGCAAAAGCUGAUUCAAAAGGGACUUUUAAUGGAGAUGGUUACACUAGUUUAUGUAUAAUUUAUGUUGUGUUCUCCCUGGGUAAUUGGAUAGCGCCACCUGUUGUUGAUGCUAUUGGGCCAAAAAUUACAAUGUUAAUAGGAGCUGUUAUGUAUUGUCUUUUUAUAUUGCAAUUUUUGAAGCCAAUGACAUGGGCCCUGUAUCUGGGAUCUGUUCUUGUUGGAUUUGGUGCAGCAAUUCUUUGGACAGCACAGGGAAAUUUCCUAACAAUUAAUUCUGACUCAGACACUGUAGCUAGAAACAGUGGAAUAUUUUGGGCACUUUUACAAUGUAGUUUAUUAUUUGGAAACAUAUACAGUUAUUUUGUGUUGAAAGGAAGUGCCAACAUAACAUCAGGGGAGAGAACUAAGUUGUAUACAGCUUUAAGUGGAGCUGCAGUCGCUGGAACCUUGUGUUUCUUGUUUUUACGGAACAAAAGGACCUCAGAUGUGAAUGAUUUGGUUAAUCUUCCUAAAUCUACAGAAUCGUCGGACCCUAGUUUAAAUACAGAAUCCAGUUUAAAUAUAGAUAAGAAUGUUAAAAAGGACAGCCCACUGCAGUCAAUAGUCAGAUCAUUUCACUUAUUAAAGACCAGGGAAAUGUUAUUGCUAAGUGUAGCAAUAGCUUACACAGGAAUAGAGUUGACAUUUUUUAGUGGUGUCUAUGGAACAUGUAUAUCAAACAAUGCUCAUUUUGGAGAUGAAGCGAAAGGCCUGCUGGGAAUUUCAGGCAUGUUUAUUGGUGCUGGAGAAAUUCUAGGUGGAGGUAUAUUUGGUUUAUUUGGAAAAAGGACAAACAGACAUGGUAGAGAUCCAAUAGUGGUAUUAGGAUAUAUUCUACACAUGGCCGCCUUUUUUCUGAUAUUUAUAAACCUUCCUAGUGAAUCGCCAUUAAAGUUAUCAAAUGAAGCUACAUAUUUAGUAUCAAAUAAAUAUAUUGCCAUUUUGUGUUCAUUUCUACUGGGUUUUGGAGACAGUAGUUUUAAUACCCAGCUUUAUUCCAUACUUGGCUUCAUGUUUCCAGAAGACAGCUCUCCUGCUUUUGCCUUAUUUAAAUUUGUACAAUCAAUAGCAGCAGCUGCUGGCUUUUUCUACAGUGACUACCUCAUACUACAGUGGCAGUUAUUAAUUCUAGUAGUCUUAGGAACUGUAGGGACUUAUUGUUUCUGUCUUGUUGAGUGGGGUAGCAAUAAGGCAGUCAGAGAAGGGUACCAGACUAUUUGAGAAUUGUGGAACCAUGGCAACUAUACUUACAUUGUGCCUUAUGUGACUGUGAUAUUUAUAUUGUUUGGCUGUGGAUGUAUAUUGGUUGAGAUAUGUAUAAAAUGUGUCUGUGCAAUAAAUACAUUGGUGCAAUAAGUACAAUGGAAACAUAUAUAGUGGACCUUGAUAUACAUUUUUAUCAUAUACUUAGAGUAGAUAACUUUUAAAUUUUUACUGUAUAAUAAUAGCAUUAAAUUUACGUGAAUUCCAUAUUUUCCGAAAUGGUGUUUAGCAGGCUGAUAUGAAAAAUUUAUCACAUUCUUCCAAAUAUUAUCACAAGCCUUUCAGUUACGUUAUCGCAUGGCAUUCAGGCAUUACUCGGCAAAUUCCGGAAAUACACCUUAAUGGUAAGUUGUCAGUGAAAAACAUAACAAAGGAGUGUACAAAACAAUUUUUAGGAAACAGGAAAAUAUAUUACGUAAAAUGCAAAAAAAAAACCAAAUGAUACAAUAAAUGCAUUCUUCAAAGUUUCCAGCAUAAUUUAGCAAGUUACUUUACAAAUGUUGACUUUUCCAAACAGUGUUCAUUAUGUUUUGUUGGUUUUUUUUUUAUCAUCAAUAUAAAAAUAUAUUAUACUGUUUUUCUCCUCUGUUGAGGCAUUUGAUAGAAAGAUUUCAUAUCGGAUGUAUUACAUUUGCCGUCCGACGUCUGUAAACUUUUCACUUUUGAACUUCAACUUGAGAACCACUUAAAAAGGAUGAGUAUAUUAAAUUGUUAUUUUUCUUUAUUGUUGAAGCAUAUGAUAAAAAGAUAAUAACAUGUCAUUUUUCAUAUCAGAUGUAUUAUCAGACCUUGGUCAAUAUCAGCCCUCGAGCCUUCGGCUCUAGGUCUGAUAUUGAACCUUGGGCUGAUAAUACAUCUGAUAUGAAAAUGCAAUGUAAUAAUCUGAUAGAUAGUAUUACUAUGAUUAUUGAAUUUUACAUAAACAUGACAUAAAUUCCAAAUAUUGUGAAUUUUCCAUAAUGAAAAUGAAAUUUUAACAAAAAUUGAUGUUAUUAUGGUUAAACGUAUAUUAUUGUAAUAUAUUAUAAUUAUUUCUUGUUGUCAGUUUAAAAAUGUUUUCCUAUGUAAUAUAUAGUUCGGAAUAAUUUUAAUUGUUCAUUCCUUGUUACUAUGAUGUAAUACUACAGAUUCCUUUAUUUUCCUUUAUUAUGCCUGUACCAAGUAAGGAAUAUGACAGUUGUUUUCCCUUUGUUUGAUGUGUUUGGAGCUUUUGAUUUUGCCAUUUGAUAAGGGACUUUCUGUUUUGAAUUUUCCUUGGAGUUCAGUUUUUUUGUUAUUUUACUUUUUUUUCAUGGGUACCAAUUAUCAUGUCUGUACUUCAUGAACUCUUGUUUAGUGGUUUUGACAAAUUCUGUUUACAAGUCUUUAGGAAAUUUGUUUUAUAUAGAAAAGUGAAAUUCAAGAAAAUAAGAACCCCAACUAAUAAAAUGAAGCCACAGUAUUAUGGAUCUUUGAUGCUGAAGUUUAUUAUAACAACAUUACCAUAAAUUAUGACCUUUUAGAAAAGUGGAUCUUAUUGGGGUCUAAGCAUGACGUGUGAUCGGGCGAUUUUUUGUAAGCCGGACACGUGAAAGUCAAAUUAUUGUGCUUGAAAACGGGGAACAAAGUCAGGCGGGACAGGUGAAAUUACAAGCGUUAUUAUUACAGUGGUAAACGGGAUACAGGAAAAUGACAAAACAAUCAGCGGGAUCUGGGAUCAGACCCCCCCCCCCAGAGAGACCUGUUGAAAAUGUUUAGGUCCUUGUGCUAGCUUUUUGAGAAACAAGCAUUUGAUGAAUAAGAUUUUGCAGGAAAAAGCUGUCUUUUAAUUUUAUAUGAACUAUAUUAAUAUCAAACUAUAUAUUUCGAUGAUCAUUUAUUUUAUUUUUAAAAUUGAGAAUGGAAAUGGGGAAUGUGUCAAAGAGACAAAAACCUGACCAAAAAUCAGAAAACAGCCCAAGGCCACCAAUGGGUCUUCAACACAGCGAAAAAAUCCUUACUGGAGGCGGGCUUCAGCUGGCCCCUCAACAAUAAUGUAUUCUAGUUCAGCAAAAAUGGACAUCACACUAAACUCCGAAACAUAUAGAUGAACCAAAAUUAAAAAACAUACAAGACUAACAAAGGCAAGCGGUUUCUGACUUGGGACAGGCGCAAAAAUGCGGCUGGGUUAAACAUGUUUUGUGAGAUCUCAACCCUCUCCCUAUACAUCUAGCCAAUGUGGAAUAAACAAACACACAGCAAUACUGUACUUUUGCUGUGUUUAAUGGUAUUGAUUACUGUGUAAGUUAUUUGAUUUAUUGGGGACCAAUUUUGUUAAUGUUGUGAUUGUUUAAAACAUUUGAAUUUUCUUUUGAUAUGUCAUUAUGUUUUCAGUUAACUUGUACUUGAUUUUUUAACUACUGUGGAUUCAUGGGGUACCAGUUUUCAUAGAUUUCAAGGGUAUAUGUGAACCAAAAAUUUGAACGAAUGUUCGAGGGAGUACAAAUUUUCUAUAGUCUUGUAUGCUGACUUUGGCAAAUCCAUGAAAUCAAAUAUACACGAAAAACGAAAAUACAAUUUUUCUACAAUCCACGAAAAUUGGAACCUAUGAAAAUGAAUGAAUCCACAGUAAUGAAUUAUCCUAGAAAAGAAAUGUAUAUUUGUUGAAGCAAGGGUGCUUUUUGUAAAUAUAAUUUAUUGCAAGUGACAAUUUUUUCAUAAACAACAUUUCAUUAAUGAAUUACCAGGUUAACAGAGUGUACAAAAUUUUCUAAUUUUGUAUUAAAAAACUCAGAUUAAAUUUUCAUGUACAUAUUAAUUAUAUGAUAUAGGUCAAUAAUAUUUGGUAUGUUGAUGUAUUGUAAUGAGUGUAUACCUAAUUACCAUGAUCACUUAAUAACAUUCUAGUAUCUAGGUAAUAUAAAUCAUCAGAAUUUCAUCAAGAUAAUAAGUCAGCAAGUUUGGUACUAUCAAAUUUUUGCAAUGUUUAUUUAUGCGAAAACUGCCAUGAGUUAGGUUUCACUAAAACGAAAACUCAUAUUUUAAAUUUUAAAAGCAUUAUUUGUAUGCAGCAAUUCCUUGUGUUGUUUGUCCAUUGUUGUACAAAAACAAGAAUGAAUACACAAAUUUCUUAAUAUACAGUACUUGGAUUUAUUGUGUGAAGUAUUUAGAGUAUAUACAGAAUAAUGGCAUUUUCACUUUUGAUACUGACUUUAUCAGCAAGAACAAUAGGGCGAGCUGAUAUUCAAGAUGAUGAAGUCAAUAUCAAAACAUAAAAUGCCAUUAUUCUGUAAUUUAACUUAGCUGUAUGUUGUUUUUGGUUGAAAAUAUGAAGUUAAAUGAAAUAUUAAAUUGAGCGCUCACAAACAUGUUUAUCCCCACCCCAUUUUUUAUGUGCCUGUCCCCAAGUCAGGAGCCUGUAGUUCAGUGGUUGUUGUUGUUUCAUGUCUGUCUUAUUUGUUUUGUUACAAAUUAGGCCUUUGGUUGUCUUUAUUGAAUUGUUUCAUAUUUUUCAUGCCAGGGCCUUUUAUAGUCAACUAUAUGGUAUUGGUUUUUCUCAUUGUUGAAGGCCGUAUGGUUGCCUAUAAUUGCUUACAUCCACUUUAUUUGAACUUUGGUGGAUAGUUGUCUCAUUGGCAAUCAUACCUCAUCUCCUUAUUUUUAUAACUACUUUUAUGUGUACAAAACAUUUGGAUAGUUGUUCGGUUGCAUAAAUGAAGUUGCAUGCAUUUCAUUCAUAAAUGGACACAGAUGGACUUGAGCAUGUGAAGUUGCUGCGCUGUUACAUGACAUCAUUGACUAAUAUUUUCAAGUAACAAGUCCUGCCCAUGAUCUUAAAAAUAUUAGUCAGUUAGAUCAAAGGGAAAAAGUGCAAAUUCCUGAUAAAAGAGUGUAUUAGACAUGUCUUUAGACCAUGACAUCAUUUUGUUUCAUUGACAAGAUUUGUUUGUUAAUCAGUUAUGCUUUUCAGAAAUAAGGCAGUAUAGAUAAAGUUUUUUUUGUAUCAUUAAAAACAAGAGAAAAAAAAAACAAUCGUACAAAGGCUCUGAAUCAUUAGAGGUGCAGGAACUGUUGAACCUUCUGGAGUAUGUGAGUUCAUCUCUGUUUUUUAGUGAGGUGGUUAGUUAUUAAUUUUUAUGUGUCAUUUGGUCUCUUUUGAAGAGUUGUCUCAUUGGCAAUCUUACCACAUCUUCUUUUUUAUAAUUCAUGCUGCCUAAUCUUAAUUUAAACGUAGUGUGUUUUGAACAAUUGAAUCUGCUUGUACAAUUUUUUUUGCCAAGAGUGUGGUCUAUUUUUCUUUGAUUUAUGGUUUUUGAUAUUUUUUAUAUUAGCUACGUUUUUUUUAAAGAGCAGAAAUAUCUCAUACUUCAAUGUCCAACAAGGAAAUUAUACACCACCUUUGGAUAACUAAAACCAAUGUUUUAAUAGUAAUUUUAUAUGAUUAUCAUACAAGUUACUAUUAGAACAGGCUGUGAUCGAACCUUAUGGGUAGUAAUGAUUUUCAGACACUCCAUAGCAGUAGUGGCAGUGGAAAGUAUGGGGUUGAUCAAAUUAGAAAAUGUUAACUUUCUGCAGUAUCUUUAUGCAUGAAUGAGUUGAGCUUUUAAAAUUUAGAAAAAGCAAACUGCAACUUGUCCUAGCAAUAUAUUCGACUAUCAAACCGGGAAUUUGUUAGACAAUUAAACCCAUUGUUAGAAUGAAUUGUAUUUUCAAAUUAAACUUUUGUUUUGUGUCUAACUUUUAAUAUAUUAUCUAAUUCAAUCAGAGCUCUUGCAGUCUUUUUCCCCUAGUGGCUCUUGAAGAAAUCUGCUGGUCCUCACUAUUAUUUCUAUUGCAAAAUACUAAAACUGUUUGUUCUUUAAAAAAUUUGGUGGUCAAAACCUUCGGACGACUGCUUUUCAAGAACUCUGAUUAAAUUUGUCAAUACGUGUGUGUAAAUUUAAGUUGGAAAUCCGAAAAUGUAAAAAUCAUGUUUACAUAUAACUAUGUUGAGAAAUCAGAAAAAUAUUGUGGAUUACUUUUGAUAUAUAUAAAAUACUAUACUUAGUCGUAAACAUUCCUAUAACCUUGUCAAUAAAAUAUUUGAAAAA